ACACAACCAAAAAUGGCUGCGCCCAUGUGAAUGUCAUAAAUUUUGAUUAAAACGAAAUUUUAAAUAUGAAAAGAACACGUUGUUAUUUCAGUUUGAUCAAACAUUGUUCCGGUCAACCAUUGUGUAGAUCUCAGCCAAGACUCCAAGAGUUACACUUAGCUUCAUGUGAUCAGAAAUUGCCUUUAUUGCAUUUCCUAACAGCCAGACAUGUUCAAGGGACUUGUAGCAGAUUAGCUUACAGUACUUCAGUAGAAGAAACCUUAGACCCAGAAGCUGAGAGUGAACUUCCGCCACCACCAACCAGAACGGUUUCAGUGGAUCCAGAGACAUCAGUUAACUUAAAUAUCAGGACUCAAAGUAAUGAUCCAGCCAAACAUACUUCUGAUGACGAGGGAUUGUUUUACACUGUACCUAAAGAGGAGUAUGAGAAGUAUGUGCAGGAUGGACAGUGGCACACUUUUCAUAGACAGGUGAAGACCUUUCAGGAGUGUGCAAUUAUGGUGCGACGUCCUGCCCUCGACCUGUUCAGGAUGGUUGAUAGCUUAAAUCUCAGUCUCCCUCCUGCCAGGUUCCUUUUCUAUGGUCCACAGGGAAACGGAAAAACUGUCACACUUGCCCAUGUUGUUCACAAAUAUGCCAAAGAAGGCUGGCUCACUAUUCACUUCCCUAACAUGUUGAAUUUGAUACGGUAUCAUCGUGUUGUCCAGCGAUCGUAUGUUGCGUCCUUUUACAACAAGUCUCGCUAUGACCUCACAGAAGAUUCUGGUAGAUGGCUUGCAUUCUUCCUUGAACAAAAUAGAGAACUGCUUGCAAAAUUCCAAACUACAAAGGACUACCAGUGGUCAGAAAGGGAGUCUACGUCUGCAGGCACACCACUCACCGAUGUUGUGUUCUUGGGAAUAGACCGGAUCAAAUUUGCUGCUGACUGCAUUGGCGUUUUAUUAAAAGAAAUCAAGGCACAAGCAGCUGAGAAAGAUAUCAAAGUGCUGGUAGCUGUUGAGGGUGUUAAUGCCUGCUGGAAAGAUAUCCACAGCAUCUUGGAUGAAGCUAAGCAACCGGUGAAUGCAAAGCAUGUGUCACUCCUUCAUCAUAUACGCACACUGUUUGAACCAAACUGGGUUGGUGGGGUGUGUGUGGGUACUCUGUGCCCGAGUGUGGAUGCCCUUGAUGAGCCCCUGGAGGACACAAAGGUUCCCUACACACCACAGUACCUGCUUAAGAAAGAGGGUUUUGAGUUUAUGGACCCAUUCAUCCCAAUCCAAGUUCCAGAAUUUUCAAAUAGGGAAGCAUUUAACAUGGUGGAUUAUUUGAUUGAACGGAAAUGGAUUCAGAGACCAUCAGCCAAAACUCACGAGGGCAAAAAGGAACUCAUUAUGCUGAGCAACAGGAAGCCUAAAGACUUUAUGGAAGUUAGUGCUCUCUGGUAGAAAUAACCAGAGUGUGUGCUUGUGAUGACAGAGUUUGUGCAUUUAAUGAAUAUUUUUGAUGUAUGAAAAUGAGUACAAAAUGUAUGCCUUUGGGUCUAUGAUUAAAUAAAGCUGUUGAUAGA